AUGGCGACUCUGGCGGAGAAGCUUGAGAAAAUCAAGUCUCCCAAGCUGCAGAACCAGCACCAUACUGCUGUGGUGCUUUCUGCAGUGGAGGAUACUCUUCGCGACCAAAAGGCCGAUUUCUCCCCGACCGCAUAUUUCGCUGCGCUACUUGCACUGCUCUCCCAGUCUCUCUCCGCUGAGCAGGGUAUCGUGAACAAGGACUUGGCUAGUUCCGUCGUCUACCUACUCGAUGUCACAACCACCUUCGUCCCCGCGCCGAUUCUUCGUUCCAAAUUCUCGCAGAUCCUCACCAGUCUCGCGCCCGCACUCUCACUCCCCGAAGUCGAAGCCCCGCUUCUGCGACCGUCAAUUGGUUGUCUCGAAUCGCUGCUCAUCGCUCAGGAUGCUGCCGCGUGGAAUCUGCCCCAUACCGCUAUUGGCCCCCGCCGCGCAACGGCUGGCCUGCUGAGCCUGUCCGUCGAUCACCGCCCAAAGGUGCGAAAGCGCGCCCAAGAAGCACUUGUCAAUGUGCUGAAGGCACCCCCGCCCAGCCCGUCGCUUGAUCACCCGGCCGCGGACAUGUGCGCCGAGUCUGCUAUGAAGACUCUGGGCGAUAGCGUUGCGACCGCCGCCAAACAGAAGAAGGGUCGUAACGACGCAAACCGUGAUAGCCACGAACCGCUUAUCAUCCACUCUUUGCAGCUGGUCAAGACCAUUGCCUCCGCGUCCGGCGGCUGGCCCAGCAAGAAGAUCGAGCCUCUGUGUGAGCUGCUCAUGAACGCUUCCCGUUCCAGCAACGAGUACAUCACCAUGGGCGCCUUCGAGGUCUUCGAGGUGAUUUUUGAGGGCAUGGCUGAUGAGUUUUCCUCUUCCAAGCUUCCUCGCCUGUUGGACGCCAUCUCGGAACUGAAGCCUGCACAGAACGACUCGCAGCUUCUUCCCCCGUGGAUCGCUGUGUUGUCUCGUGGAUACGACGUAUCUGCACAGAUUAGCCCUGAAGAUACCUUCGAGAAACUUCCUGAACUGUUCCAGCUCAUUUCUGGAUUUUUGGCGUCGCCAUCCCACAACAUCCGCGUAUCUGCUUCCGAGUGCUUGAUUUCAUUCCUGCACAACUGUAUUCCUAACAGUGUCAUUCUGGAUGCUUCCGUCUAUGACGAGAAGACGCUUGAGAAACUGGCCCGCGUGGCUGGUGACUUGCUCUCUGUGAAGUACCAGGCUGCUUGGCAGGAGGUUUUCAAUGUCUGUUCUGCCAUGUUUGAUUGCUUCAAGUGGCGGUCUAGCCCCUUCCUCGUCGAUAUCGUCACAACCAUCGGCGAAUUGCGCAGCAACGAGUCGUUCCACGGCAAGAAGGAGGCUGACAGUGUUCUGAGCAGUGCCAUUGAGGCCAUGGGCCCGGCUGCUGUCCUUGAACUCUUGCCCCUGAACAUUAUCCAGCAGAAGAAUGGCCAGCCCGGUCGUGUUUGGAUGCUCCCCAUCCUUCGGGACAGCGUUACUAACACCAACCUGGGUCAUUUCCGCUCGGAGUUCGUGCCUCUCAGUGAGGCGCUGUACCAGAAGAUGGUCGAUUUCGCUUCUGCCGAGAAGCAGGUGGAAGUCAAGAUUUUUGAGACUUUGGUUCAGCAGACCUGGGGCAUUCUCCCCGGUUACUGUGAGUUGCCGCUUGAUCUCGUUGAGGCCUUCGACCAGAGCUUUGCCGAGCUUUUGUCGAACGUCCUGUACAAACAGACCGAGCUCCGUGUCGAGAUCUGUCGCGCCUUGCAAAAUUUGGUUGAAUCGAACCAGGCAAUCUUGUCGGUCGAGAAAGAAGAAGAUGACCUGAUCCUGCAGCGCCGUAUCACCAAGGCUGCCGCCGAGAAGAACAUUGCCCAUCUGGCUGGCUUUGCCAGUAAUCUGCUGGCGGUGCUAUUCAACGUGUAUAGCCAGACCCUUCCCCACCACCGUGGCUACAUCCUGCAGUGUAUCAAUGCCUACCUGAGCAUCACCCCGGAGACGGAACUCAACGAAACCUUUACUCGAGUCACAUCCAUGCUCGAGUCCUCAUUGGUCGAGGAACAAAACACACCUGCUAAGCAAGGUGCAUCCGACAAGAUGCCACCCACUUCGCACACUCUGAUUGAUCUGGUUAUUGCCAUGUCUAUCUACUUGCCCAGAUCUAGUUUUGCCGGCCUCUUUGGCAUGGCUGCGGCCAUUCUAGAUGGCACUUCAUCGAACCCUGACCAGCAGCUUAUCAAGAAGGCCUACAAGCUCAUUCCUCGUCUUGCUUCGACCGAGACCGGUCGUGCCGCUCUUGAAGAGCGCAGCGGUGAGCUCCAGGCUCUUAUGCUUGCUACCUCUGAUAAGACCCCGCCUUCUGGCCGUCGAGACCGUAUGCUCGCCAUCGACGAGCUGAUCACCAACUUACCCACCUCAGAACUGCAUUUCAUUCCCUCGAUUCUCUCUGAGGUGGUUUUGGGAUGCAAGGAGAGCAACGAGAAGGCUCGUACUGCUGCUUUUGAUCUACUCAUCCACCUUGCUCGCCGUACCAUCGACCCCGAGCGUAACCCGGCCGGCACUGUCAUCCGCAACUCCCUGGUACCUCACAUGCCCGAUGACUCGGCCGAUGCCCCCGCCACCAUUGAGGAAUUCUUCACGAUGGUUUCCGCCGGUCUGGCUGGCUCAUCCCCUCACAUGGUUGCCGCAUCAGUCACUGCUCUCUCACGCCUGUUUUUCGAGUUCUACACACAACUGCGUCCUGAGAUCCUCUCGGACUUGGUCCAGACUGUCGAACUUUUCCUCACUAGCAACAACCGUGAGAUCGUUCGAUCCGUCCUGGGCUUCGUUAAGGUCGCCGUCGUCGUCCUUCCCGAGGAGGCCCUGCGCCCGCGUCUGUCUGCCCUCGUCCCCAACCUGAUGGCCUGGAACAAGGAGCACAAGGGUCGCCUGCGCAGCAAGGUCAAGGGUAUCAUCGAUCGACUGGUGCGCCGAUUCGGCGCUCCGCUCCUGGAGAGCCUUGUCGGUGAGGCCGAUCGCAAGCUUGUCGUCAACAUUCGGAAACAGCGCGAACGCAGCAAGCGCAAGAAGAAGGAAAAUGGUGCCGACGAGGACGACGAGGAGGCAGACAAGACUGGCGACCAGCAACCCAGCAACGCCUUCGACAAGGCUGUCUAUGGCUCCGAUUUCUCUGACGACUCUGACGAUGAAUUUGACGAUGAUGCUAGCGAAAUUGACGUCGACGAGUCUGGCACCGCCCGCAUCAAGGGUCGGGCGCCGGGCACUAAGAAGAAGGCCGCACAGAGUACCCAGUAUAUCCGCGAGACGUCUCCUGAGGAUAACCCGCUGGAUCUUCUCGCUCCCGAUGCGCUGGCUAACAUCUCAACCACGAAGCCUAGCCUGCGCUUCUUGAACACCGGCCCCGGCUCCAAGAAGAAGCGCUCCGCCAAGUUCGACGCCGAUGGUCGUCUGCUGCUCGGUGAUGACAACGCUGGUGAUGUGGAGAUGGGUGGGGAUGCCCAGGGCCCUAGUGGUAUCAAUGCCUAUCUCGCUGCCGUCAGCGGGCCCGAUGCUGUCCGCCGUGGUCAGAAGGGUAAGGUCAAGAUGGGCCAGGCUAAGCGUGGCGGCGACGACAUGGAUCUUGAUGAUGAGGAUGAGGCUGCUCUGAGCGAGGGCAUGCGCGGAAAGGGCCAACAGUCUGGUCGCCGCGGCCUGGGUGCUCCCAAAACUCACGGUGCCCCCGGCGCCGGCCGCAUCGAGAAGCGUCGCAGUCCUGGUGGAAAGACCGGACGCGGUGGAAUUCGGCCUGGACGCGGUGGUAGCCGUGGUGGUGGCCGUGGUGGUUUUAACCGUGGUGGUGGUGGCGGUGGCUUUGGUCGUGGUGGUGGUGGCCGUGGUCGCGGACGCGGAAACUAA